GCUACUGCAACCUACCAACUGGAAAUGGCUACCUUUCUUCAUGCACAAGCUUUUGGAGGGAGAUCAUAAUCAGUUAAUCACUAUAUUACAUAUAAACUUUUCAAAUGCCUCAGCUAAGAAUAUACUUGUUAGUGUUGAUUAAUGGUUACACAAGCCAAAACAUUUCUACAGAAAUCCCCAUUUUAGUUUUUACUGUCAUAUUGUAAAAGAAAGUAGAUACUUGCAAUAAACCCUAAACAACAUUUUCUCUUUGGUUGGUGACCAAGGACCAAGUUAAUUUGCAUCAAAACCACUAAAUACAAAUAGAUAUCUGCAAUAAAAGCUUACAAGCCCAAAUCAGAUAUAUUAGCAAACCAUCAAGUUUGUUUUCUCCAACUUUCUGGUCAGCCUAUCUAACUCAAUUCAGACGACCCUGCUACAUUCAACUACUCUUGCCCACUGUCAUACUGGACCUACUAUUCUUUUGUGACUAAAGUUGUUAAAAGUCAAGAAAUUUCAGAACCAAAGACAAAGCAACAAAGCAAAAGAGAGCAAACCAUCUGGUUCAUCCAAACAGUAGAUAUAUGACCAAAAAAAAACUGCAAGGACAAUGCAAUUGAACAUUUUUGCCUCCACCUCGUACAUCCUGGAAGCUGUGCAACUCAAUGACAAUAAUACUUCUCAAUAAUGACAAUGGUUUUCCUCAAUGACAAUAGUACUCCUAUUCUAAAAUCCCACCCAUCAAUCUUAAUAUCCUUGUACACAGUACCACCUAAAAGCCUAAACCUUUUGUAUUAAUGUUUCUGGGUCUGUUUGUUCUAUGAUCUAUGUUCUAUACCAGAGAGGAUUCAAGAAGGGUUGAAUUCUCUCAUUAGUGUAAGGUGUGUUGGGGCCAGUAGGUUAGGAGGUCCCAUAAUGAUGGGCACCAAUCUUUUAUCCUGGUAGAAACCAGAAAAGUAGGGAAAAGUGCUUCAAGUGGUCACAAGAUUUAGGGCGGGCCUUUCUUUUGAAAACACAGAAUUAAGACCCCACGUUCCUAUGAACACUUCUAACCGUCCCUCCUUUGUUGCUACAACCAACUCAAUCCUAUAGUUUCAGUUUCCAAAUCCUUUUACCUUCUCUGCAACUCCUCAAACAUUCUCGAACUCGAAAGAGAAUUCAAGCAGUCACAGAUGAAAACAAUGAAGUGGGGUAGUAGCAAGAACAAAAAGCCUCCACCUUCCUUUUCUGCUUCUUCUUCUUCUUCUACUACUACUACUACUACAACUUCUAAGCCGUCUUUGAUCUCCCAUGUCCUUCCAAGUUCAUGGCUUUCGAAGUUCAAGCAAAAGACUGAGAAUUUAGAGGCAAAACCCGGUAAAGUGAGUCGAAAAGGGAAGAGGAAUUCUCCAUCUUUGGGUUCACCAAGGAUUGCUAGUGGGGGUGGUGGAAGGUUCUAUGGUGAUGAUGAUGGUGAUGAUGGAUAUUGGAGGCUGUCCUUUGGUGAGGAUAGUGUUGAAGGAGAGAAGAAUAGUAGAGGUGGGUUGCGAUCGGUUCGGUACGAUUCUGAAGAAGAGUUUGAAGUUAGGCCCUCGAAGGUGAUAGCUUCCAAAGCCAUGAGUAAAAGUAGGCAUGCUGAAGAGUGGAUGUUGAGGAAAAGAAAUGCAGGAGUUACAGGGAAGAAGAGGUCAGAAUUAGAAAGAAAAGCAGAGGAACCAGAAGAGAGAUCAAGCAAAACAGGAGAAGAGGAUGAUAUACUGGAUAUAUUAGCAGCAACAACAAUUUUGACAAAGGAGAAGGAUAGUAAGCAUGGAUUGGCUUCUAGUGCAAGGAAGUAUCACUAUGCAUCCUCGAAUCUGAAAACAAUUGAAGAAGAAGUUUGUGAAGAAAAUCCGACUUCAGAUUGGCAAAAAUUGAAGGAAGGGAAGAUACAAGAGGUGAUGGCAAAGAGUGAGAAACACAGGAAAUCUGUCUACAUAAGCAGGGACUUACAGAGAAAACCAAGACCAAAGCGGAGUAAUAAAGUCAGAGUUUGCUCUCCAAGAACAGCUUCAAGAGUCGAAUUCUGCAAAAUCAAAGCUCUCCAAGACAUGGCAAAAGCGAAGGCGGCCAAGGAGAGAAAGGUGCACCAGGUGAGAACAGGCUUGGAUAGCUUUGCAGUGGUGAAGUGUUCACUCGACCCACAACAGGACUUCAGAGAUUCCAUGGUUGAGAUGAUUGUGGAGAAGAAAAUUACCAGGCCAGACGAUCUUGAAGAGCUCUUAGCUUGUUACCUGACACUGAAUAGCGACGAAUACCAUGAUCUAAUCAUCAAGGUCUUCCGGCAGGUAUGGUUUGAUUUGAAUCAAGCCUGUUUUGGUAGUGAGUUACAGAACGACCAAUGUUGCAACAACUAGCUAAUUUCUUUUGGUUAGUGGUAGCUAAACUAAUGAUCAUAUUGUAUAUAGAUAAUUAUUACUAAUAUAUUUCUAGCUGCAGUUUUAGCUUUCAUCUAUUGCUUCAAAAUGUGAAUGUCCUAACAAGCCUAAAUUUACUGUUACAACAGAAUCCACCCUGGAUUUGAAGU